CGCUUCUCUUCCAACUCAUCUGAAAACACCAUAAGAGGAAGUGGGGGGAGCUUGAGGAGUUAUGGAAUACAUGCAAAACAAGUGUUCCUGGGGGUUUAGAAGCUUUGUUCGCCGGAAGCAGGUUGAUUCAGUUCACAUGAAGAGAGAGGGACGUGAUCAAUUGGCUCGGAAACUAUCUUUGAUGGACCUCAUUGCCAUUAGAGUAGGGGCAACAAUAGGUGCUGGGGUAUAUGUGCUUGUGGGAACAGUGGCAAGAGAGCAUGCAGGACCUGCGCUCACAAUUUCAUUCUUGAUUGCUGGGAUAGCUGCUGCACUCUCUGCUUUUUGUUAUGCAGAGCUUGCUUCUCGCUGUCCUUCUGCUGGCAGUGCUUAUCAUUAUUCUUACAUUUGUCUCGGAGAAGGCGUUGCUUGGUUUGUUGGUUGGGCUCUCGUUCUUGAAUACACUAUUGGUGCUUCUGCUGUUGCUCGUGGCAUCACCCCGAAUCUGGCCUUUUUUUUUGGAGGUCUGGAUAAAUUGCCUGCUAUUUUGGCCCGUCACACCAUGCCGGUGAUUGGUGUUGUGGUUGAUCCAUCUGCAGCAGUAUUAGUUCUUAUUGUCACUUUCCUCUUGUGUACAGGAAUCAAGGAGAGUUCAUUGGUGCAAAUGAUUGUUACAUCAGUAAACGUUUCUGUCAUGCUAUUCAUCCUGAUAGUCGGUGGAUAUAUGGGUUUUAAAACUGGAUGGGUCGGAUAUGAACUUCCCAGUGGGUAUUUUCCUUUUGGAAUAAAUGGAAUGUUGUCUGGGUCUGCUGUGGUCUUCUUUUCAUACAUUGGUUUCGAUUCAGUUACCAGCACAGCUGAGGAGGUAAAGAAUCCUCAACGCGAUCUUCCCCUCGGUAUAGCGUUAGCAUUGCUUAUAUGUUGCAUCUUGUAUAUGCUUGUCUCUGUUGUUGUUACUGGUUUAGUACCAUACUAUUCCUUGGAUCCAGACACUCCCAUCUCCUCAGUAUUUUCUGGCUAUGGCGUGCAAUGGGCAGUGUAUGUUAUAACAACUGGAGCAGUUACUGCUCUCUUUUCCAGUUUGUUGGGUUCCAUUCUUUCCCAGCCACGGAUCCUGAUGGCAAUGGCAAGAGAUGGAUUGUUGCCAUCAUCAUUUUCAGACAUUAAUGAAAAUACCCAAGUUCCUGUGAAGAGCACAGUUACAACUGGUACCAUUGCAGCAGUUCUGGCAUUCUUUAUGGAUGUGUCACAGUUAGCUGGAAUGGUUAGUGUUGGUACCCUUUUUGCAUUUACCACUGCAGCAGUUUCAGUUUUGAUACUUAGAUAUGUUCCUCCAGAUGAGGUGCCUCUUUCACCAUCACUUCAAGAGUCUAUUAAGUCGGUAUCAUUACGAUUCAGUUACAAUACUCAAGAAUGUGACAGAAAAAACCUAAAAGAUUCUGCUGGUUCAUCUAAGAAUGAGAGUCACAACAUACAUGGAAUUCGGGAUGAAUUACUUGGUUGCCCUCCAAUUGAGAAAUGUAUAGCACAAGAAAAUCUAGAUGAACAAACAAGGCGAAACAUCGCUGCAUGGACCAUAACUUGUCUCUGUAUAGGGGUUUUCAUCCUUGCAUUCACAGCUUCAGCUAAAGGGCUUUCCAGCACUCUUCGGCUCACAUUGUGCGGGCUGUGUGGAAUUUUCCUGCUUUUCUGCUUGAUUGUGCUGUCCUAUAUUGGUCAAGAUGCUGCAAGGCACAAUUUUGGACACGGUGGAGGUUUCACUUGCCCAUUUGUUCCAUUCUUACCUGCCGCUUGCAUUCUCAUAAAUACCUACCUUCUUAUUGAUCUUGGAGCUGCGACAUGGAUCCGCGUCUCUAUAUGGUUUGCCAUAGGAGGAUCGAUAUACUUGUUUUAUGGCCGGAUGCAUAGUGCACUUCUAAAUGCAAUUUAUGUUCCCUUGGCUUAUGCUGAUGAAAUCCGUUGUUCCUCCUCGCAACAUCAUCUGGCCUAGCCCCUUGUGGUGUUUUGUUAUGUUAAUGCUCGGACAGGUCCGGUUGUCUCAUUGUGUAGUUGUGAUCUAGAUGUGGUAUAGCUACUGUUGUGGAGAAAAUGUAAUGGCAUAAUAGCUUGAACGGUCAUCCAAGCCAUAAUGCAGAACUCAAAAAUAUUUUGCAUUGCUUCGAACAUCGAAUGUUUUGAUGUACAAUUUAAUCUUUUCAUGGA